CGCGGAGGCGGGACCGGGCACGGCGGGUGUUCGUUCAAGGAUUAUGUUGUGCUAGGUGGGAGGAGUGUUCUUCAUCAGUGACUUGGACUGUUUCAAGCGUUUUUAUGUGCACAGAUUUUCUGUCCUUUGCUAAUAUAUUUCCUGAGAUAUUGGAACUUUCUGGUUUUGUUUGUUUUUUAUUUCCUCGAAAUAGGAAUUAAGAUGGAUGAAACAUUUCAUUGGUCAUAGCAGCAGCAGGACAAAUAAGGAACAUUGUCGUAACUGUUAAAGGGCAUAAUGCAGAAUCCGUUAACAGUUUCUGCAGGUGGUGUUUUUUUGCAUGCUAAUCCUGCAGAGAAACAUUGUGUCCAACAAAGUAUGCUGGGUCAGCAAAAGCAAGAAACUUGUGCUGGAAAGACAGUAUCCACAGAUAAACAGAAAUCCCCUUCGGAUAUAAUACAAAGCUUUCAGAAGAAAAGUCAGUUUAGGACCAUUGCUCCAAAAAUGGUACCAAACAUUUUAACAUCUGGAGUGGUUUCUUGCCUUCAGUCAUCUUUGCCUGAGCCAAUGACACCAAUUUCAGCCUCAGGCUCUAAGCCCCUGGUGGUGCCAGCUCAGAACUAUGCUGUCAUGCAGGUGGCUGCUCACAAGGGCACCUUUUCCCUGCUGGCUGUGCCCUGUGUUGCACCUGCCCUAACUCAGCAAGUUCAGCAGUCAGCUGUGGCCCCCUCUGAAAACCUAAAGCUGCCCAUCCCCAGGUACCAAUCUGUAAGAAAUAAGUUGCUGAGUGACAAAAAACUGACCCAAAUCUCUGGUUUGAGUGCACGUAACAAGAUUCUUACCAAAGCACUGAUCUCAUCACAGACUUCCCCCAUGACUGCUCUACAUGAAGACUGUCCUGAAGCUCAUUGUAGUUCAGAUUCAGCUGAGCAAGGGAUGGUAGCAGACUGUGACUCAGCUGAAAUUGGAGUUGCAACAUUAAUGAAUAAAAGCAAUUGUGUGAAAUCUAGAUCUCUUUUAAUGAACAAAGCUAAAAUUGCUAGCAAUAAUAUUUCUGGACCAUCUGUAGUUGAAGACUCUCCAUCCAAGCCAGCAAGUACAACUAAUCCCAUGAAACUGAGUCUACAUUCUGUGAAGACAGCAUUGGAAACCACAAGAGAGUCAUUCCUGACAUCUGAGAAACUAAAGGAAAAACCCACAAAUUCUGCAAAUCCUGUUGCUGUCUUGUCACCGACGGUUUUUGGCAGUACAAUUCAGAUGACUCCAUCAGCACCAAAAGGAAAGCUUCCUAUUUUGCCUUACUCCAGAAUGAAAAAUUCAGUGUUCUGUAAAUCUAAGCAGAAUAUUAAUGUUAGGGACAUACCUGAUCAUUCACUAAAAUCUGAAUGUGAAAAGAUUCCAUUUUUGAUGAAAACCAAAGGCUUUGAUAAGCAAUUAGGUGUAUCAUUUACACAAGGCCCCAAACAAUCCAUUGGAGAAAACACUUUCUCUCCCUCCAGCAAAGAGGAUGAUGUCGACAGUCUUAAAAACUUGAGCAGUGCAACCUCUAAAAGAAGAGGCAGGAAAAAAAGAGCCCCGGAAGAUUUAUUGGCUUUUCAGGCCAAGCGAAGGAAAUGCAUCAUUAAUAAGUUUAGAGAGGGAAGAGAGAGGGCCAAGGUUGAUACUGAGGCACCUGAAGACAACAAAGCAGGAGCAGUGAAACGGUACCGCAGUAUCAGACCGAAGCCCGUGGUGCUUGUGCAGGCGCUCGCACCGCUGACUCCCGCAGCCGUCGUGGCGACGCCGUCUCGUGGGCAGGACUCCUUUUUCAAUGGGUCACUCACCAAUAAAUGUGUGAGUUCCAAGCACAGUGAUGCUCCAUCAGCCAAAUCAAGUGAUCUAAGCAGAAAUGCACGUUCAGCUGUCCUUAGGGUGGUGCACAGGUGCCAUGUUUGUAACCACGGGUUCCGCCUCAAGCACCACCUCAAGGACCACAUGAACACGCACACGAGGAGGAGGCCCUACAGCUGCAGGAUCUGCAGGAAGGCAUAUAUGCACUCUGGGAGCCUGAGCACCCACAUGAAGCUUCAUCACAACGAAGGCAAAUCCAAAAAGCUGGUGUGCUGUGAAUUCUGUGCUAAAGUGUUUGGCCAUGCCAAAGUGUACUUUGGGCACCUCAGAGAAGUCCACAGGGUUGUUAUCAGCACAGAGCCCUACACUAGUGAGCAGCAGGUGCAGGACACUUCAAAGAAGAGAGACAGGAUUAUAAAAGAGGCAGAAGAAGCUGCAGAGAGGGGAAAUAAGUGCAAUUUUGAGGACCUGUUCCAUGACCCGGGAGGAGUGAAAUUACAGGUCAAAUGUGGUCGAUGCCAGUUUAUUGCAGAGUCUUUUGGUGAAAUGAAGUUUCACUUAUUGUGCUGCCAUGGAGAAGAGAUUCAGGGAAGAGUGAAGGAAGAGGUUUUGCAAGAAAGCAGAGGAACAAAGGGGAAACUGGUCAAACAUACAAGCCACGUGUGGAAACAGCACAAUGAGAGAAGACAUUUAGCACAGUGCAGUGCCCAUCAGGAGGAGCUGUAUAAUGUUCCAAAACCAAAGAGACAGAUGCACUUCCACCAUCAAAAUAAUGUCAAUAUUAUACCUAAAAUUGAACCAACCCAGUCAGGAAGUAGUGAAGCUUCUAAGGAGAUGCAAAAUGUGGGAUUUGGCACACAAAGGAAAAAAAUAGAAUUUUGGUCUAAUGCAGGCUAUAACUGCAUCUUAUGCAAACAGUUGUUCGGAAGAAAAGAGGAUCUUUGUAAUCAUUGGCAGAGUCAUCAUAAUUGUGAAGACCCUUCCACUUUAUGGACAAUUUUUACUUUGAUAUCAAAACAAGGAAUUAUUGAACUUUCUGAUAAUGGUGAAUAUUGAAGCUCAACUCUGCUAUGCUAUGAAAAACCUUCACUACCUUACCAAAUUGUUCUUUCACUGUCUUGCUAAACUAACUCAACAGAUGUAUCACUUAAAAGGUGUUUUAGUUGGGUUUGUAGGGGAUUUUUUAAAAAGCCAUAUUAACCUUUAUUUUGGUGACUAGAAAAUGUGUUUAUUCUGUAUCAUUCCAGAUGGAUACAUGGAAGCUGAUUAUGAAUCCUUGUACUUAAAAUUCAUGCUUAAGGAACUUUAUAACAGCAAAUACUCAAUACUAAUUAUUAACCUCAAUGAAAUAUAUUUGCAAGUUAAAAUAUACUGUACACUCAGAAAUAAAUCAAUUUAUAUGAAAUAAUCUCAGUCUUAAAUGAAAUUAAAAACUUGACUGGAAUUCAGGUCCUGACAGUGCUCCCAGAUUUUGUGGUAAAUGAAUAUUUCCAUGCAGUUCUCUCAAUCACUCAAAUGUGCAUACAUGCAGCCGGCACUCAGGAGCUUUGUAGUCUAUAAUUUAAGAACUUUUAAUUCUUGAUUUCUUUAUUUCAGUGUCUUCAAACAUGUUCAUUGCUUGCAGGUGUUUUUGAUGUUCAGUUCUGUCCUGGUAACAGCAAAGAUAUUUAUAUUUUAGAAGUAAAAGCUUCACAUGUAUUUAUAUGCCUGUAGCUCUUUGGGUUGAAGGUGAGUUGCCGCCCAUCGAGAUGGAGCCCAGACAUCUCCAAGGGGGCUGGGCCUGUCAGGCUGUGAGAGGGUGGAGUUCUGGAGCUUGGUUUUCAUGAAAGGGUCCUUGAAACCACUGACUCCAAUUUGAAAUUGAUGUUUAAACUGCUUAGAGCCUUAUGUUCCUCUGAAUUAUUUUGGGAGCAACAAUGGAGGCAAGUCUGAGAAAUCACCACAUCAUUCUCCAGCAGAAGUCAGAGCAUGUCAGGGAGCAAGCUGAAAGAUACACCAGUAGUGUCCCUACAGUACCACUCUAUUCAUUCCUUCUUGUGGUCAGCUGUAAUGGAGGGGUUGCAGUGAUAAAAGACUCAUGCCUAAAAUGGCAUGGCUUGCCUCACUGUUUUGCAAAAAUUAUGGUGAUGAAAACAUGGGAAGAGGUCUAAAAGUGUUGAGAUUUCUGAGUGCGAUUCCACAAGCUGCUGCAAUAUUUUGUGUAUGUGUUUUGUUUUUAAACAGUAAAGGCAGUUUUGAUUACCUAAUAGUUUUGAAUGUGAUUUCUUGUUGUGUGGUGCUUUGCCCUGAAGUUGAACUGUAAAGUAGGAAUCAAGAAUAACAAAAGACAAAAAGAAAAUGCCCACAGAACUGUAUUUUCCCAUGUAUUUUCAAAACUUUCUUCCUACUAUCUGUUGCUAUAAAUUCAGAUUGGUAGCUGUUUCUUUGCUUUCAUAUAUUGGGUUUUUAAUGCUGAAUUACCUUAAAAGUAGUAAU